AUGUUAACUUCAAAGCCCGAUCUGCAGACUCCUUCUCUGGGUGUGAAUGCUCAGAUAAGGCCUUCGUCAGACGUGGUUCUGGAGACGGGACCGCACUUCCACCGCUGCACUAAGUUUCAGACCAACUUAGUGCCGUAUCCUCGGAUUCAUUUCCCUUUGGCCACCUAUGCCCCAGUCAUCUCUGCUGAGGAGGCUUUUCAUGAGCAACUGACAGUGGCUGAAAUAACCAACGCCUGCUUUGAGCCUGCCAACCAGAUGGUCAAAUGUGACCCUCGCCACGGCAAGUACAUGGCCUGCUGCCUGCUUUACCGCGGGGCUGUGGUUCCCAAAGAUGUCAACUCCGCUAUUGCCUUCAUUAAGGCCAAGCGCACUAUCCAGUUUGUAGACUGGUGUCCCACAGGUUUCAAGGUGGGCAUCAACUUCCAACCUCCCACUGUGGUCCCUGGAGGAGACCUGGCCAGAGUGCAGAGGGCCGUGUGCAUGAUAAGCAACACCACGGCCAUCGCUGAGGCCUGGGCUCGGCUCGACCACAAGUUUGAUCUGAUGUACGCCAAGCGUGCCUUUGUCCACUGGUACGUAGGAGAAGGGAUGGAGGAGGGAGAGUUCUCUGAGGCCAGAGAGGACAUGGCUGCUCUAGAGAAGGAUUAUGAAGAAGUGGGUGCUGAUUCCAUGGAGGGAGAAGAAGAAGAGGGCGAGGAAUAUUAA